AUAAAACAGGGGCUGAUGCAAAUCUUUCAAAAGGCAUUGCCAACACUGGAGCAUAGGCUUUGUCUGAGACAUUUAUAUGCCAACUGUAAGAAAGCAUAUGGGGGUGGUACUGUACUAAGGGACCUAAUUCUGUCUAUUGCCAAAGCUACCUAUGUGGAAGAAUGGGAAAGAAGGAUGAAUCAACUAAAGGAGCUCAACAAAGACUGUUAUGAGAAGUUAUUUGCUCUGGAUCCAAAAUUGUGGACAAAGAGUCACUUUACAUUUCUGGCCAAGAGUGACAUGCUGAUGAACAACAUCUCCGAGGCAUUCAAUGGAAGAAUCCUAGAGGCAAUAGACAAGCCAAUUCUGACAAUGUUUGAAUGGAUUAGGUGCUAUUUGAUGACAAGGUUUGCAGAGAAAAAGAAGAAGGCAGAGAGGUAUGAGGGUACACUUUUGCCAAAACCCAAGAAACGGCUAGAUAUCAUCGCGGUUAGAGCUAUGGAGUGGCAAGCUAAAUGGGCAGGAGACCUGAAGUAUGAAGUCCACCAUAAGAACAGGAUGAUCAUGGAAAGGUUUGUGGUCGAUUUGAUGGCUGGAAGGUGUAGUUGUAGGUUCUGGGGUUUGUGUGGUAUGCCGUGUCCCCAUGCUUGCUGUGCUAUCUUUGAGAAGGGUGACAACCCGGAAGAUUAUUGUAGUAACUAUUACAGCAAGGCAGCAUACCUUGCUACAUAUGGGCAGUCAAUAUCACUAAUCAAUGGAGAAAAUAUGUGGCCAAAGAUACAAUGCGAUACCAUCAUCCCUCCAAUUUUCAGAGUUAAACCAGGAAGGCCAAGGAUGGUUAGGAUAAGGGAACCCGAUGAAAACAGAUCACAGACAAAGUAUAGAAGAUCUGGAACUUCUGUUACCUGCAGUAAUUGUGGCCAAUACGGACACAAUAGGAGACUCUGUCCAAACCCUAUAGUGACAGCUCCUGAAGGCACACAAGGAUCUGAUGCUGCAACUGGAACUGGAGGAGUUGACUCUGCUGCUAAUGAACCUACUGCUGCUGAUGAAACAAAUGGAUCUGCAGCUGCUGCAACUGCUAGAUCCAGGAUGGUUAAAGGGAGAGGCAGAGGAAGAGCACCAGGAGGGAUGGCCAGAGGAAGGGGUAGAGGGAGGGCUGCACCCAUGACUGCAACAGCACCAAGGCCUUCAAACACCCCUGCACCCACAUCCCAGCCACCACACACCCCUGCACCCACAUCCCAGCCACCACACACCCCUGCACCCCCAUCCCAGCCUACAAACACCCAUGCACCACCAUCACAGCCUGCACCACCAUCACAGCCUACCACCUUACCCACACCCGCAUCACUGCCCACCACUUUGCCUACACCUGCAUCACUGUCCACUGCACCAGCAUCUCAACCUUUGCCCAAGACCAAAAUCUUUGGUGUCAGAAGAAGUGGAAGACUGAAGAUUGGAGUUAGGAAGCCAACAAAUCAGCCGCCUGAACAUGUUGACCUUACACUUGAUUGAGGCUGAAUAGAGUUUAGGGUUUCUUUUUUAUAUCUCUUGUGUUAUGUAGGAUUUGUGUUCACCUGUGACUCUGGUUUCUUUAUUGUUUGGACCACUGUU